AUCAAUAUCAAUUAAUUUAGUAUUUUAUAUUUUAAAAAUAUUACUUUAAUUUUCUAAAUUAUUAAGCGUUAAUCAAAUAAACUUUUAAAAUAUAUUCCCUAUCCGUAAAAUUAGCAAAUAGUGAUAAUUUUGAUUCCUUACAUUCUUAAAAUAAUAAUUAGUCCUUAAAAUUAUAAAAAAAUUGAUAUUGAUAAUUUUAAAAAACAGUUAUUUCUAAUAUAAUUUUAGAAAUUAAUUUAGUGUGAUAUUAAUUUAUUUUUCCUGUCUUCUUCUGUGCCCAUAUAAUCCAAUGAUAAUUUAAAGACUCCUUCUUUUUCAAAUAAUAAUGUGUUUUUCUCCAUAGUUGUCAUACUUUUUUUUUUUUAUUAAAUUAACAUUAUUUAAGUGAAAAGGAAGAAAAGAAAUAAAUUUGAUCUCUGUGCUUGAAUUUUCUGUGGAAGGGGCAGCUUUAAUUGGUAUUAUCGAUUUGAGGCUGAUUUUAAGUUUGGCAAACUGACUUGCCAACAUUACAUUUCUGAGAUUGCAGAAAAUAUAUAAAUAAAAAAUAAAGAAAUAAUUUUCUGAGAUUCUAAGGUUUUAAAAAUGAUUUUCUAUUUAAGAAAUAUUCCAUUUUAAACCAAAUAAUACUUUUGGUAACGAGAAUACUAAGGUUAACUAAUAUUUUAAUUGAAAAAUUAAUAUUAAUUUUUUUUAUUAAAGUUAUAGUAACAGUAUACUAAAAACUACAUAAAAAUAUUUUUAUAAUAUAUUUUAAUAAAAACUAUUUUUAAUUGCUUAAUCAAUAUUCUAAAGAUGCCAAUUAGCAUCUAUCUUUUUUAAAAUACAAACACUAUGUAAGUUACAAACACAGUGCAUAGAGUAAAAUAUAAAUUAUUAAAUUCAUUUUUUUAAAAUAAUUCACAAUAUUGUAAAGAUGUAUUAGGAAGAUUAAAAAAAAAUUGAAAUAAUAAUUAGAAGGCUGGGACAAAGGGGAAGACACUUAGACACGGGACACAACUCCUAAUUUUGUAUUUUCCAAAUAGGAACGCAAAUCGGGAAGAGUGGAACAGAGAAUCCGUGACUACAAGACUCCAAAUUAUCAAAGCACAAUGGAAAAGUUGUAUAUCCAAAUUAUCAAAUCGGCGAUACAUGCAACGUGUUCUGCAAGAUAACCCUCAUGACCACCUAUAUACUUCGUGUGUGUGUAUAUAUAUAUGCUUCACUUGAAUCGCAAAACAGCAAAUAAUUGAAGCAGCCAUGGAUACCACAAGUGCUACUACUCUGCACAUAGCAAUGUUUCCAUGGUUUGCUAUGGGACACCUAGUCCCACAUCUUCGCCUCUCUAACAAGUUAGCACAGAGAGGGCACAAAAUCUCCUUCAUCAUACCCAAAGGAACACAAACCAAACUACAACAUUCCAAUCUUCACCCACACCUUAUCACUUUUGUUCCCAUAACCGUUCCACACGUUGAUGGUCUUCCACACAAUGCUGAACUCACUUCAGACUUGCCCUUUUCUUUAUAUCCACUCCUUGCCACAGCUUUGGAUCGUACAGAGAAGGACAUUGAACUUCUCCUAAGAGAGAUUAAGCCACAAAUUGUUUUCUUUGAUUUUCAGUAUUGGCUACCGAACCUAACUUGCAGCCUAGGCAUCAAGAGUGUCCUAUAUGCUAUAUCUUCUCCAUUAACAUCAGCUUACCUUGGAUAUGGAUCGAGAAAAAGCCAAGGAAUAGAUUUAACUGAAGAAGAUAUCAUGAAACCGCCUCCGGGGUUCCCUGAUUCAUCAUUCAUCAAGUUUCAUGCACAUGAACUUCGAUUUAUCGCUGGUGCUAGGAAAAUUGUGUUUGGAAGUGGUGUCUUACUGUACAAACGGUUUUAUACUGGUUUAACUUCAUCAGAUGCAAUUGCAUACAAAGGUUGUAGAGAAAUUGAUGGGCCAUAUGCUGAUUAUAAUGAAACUGUGUAUGGGAAGCCUGUUCUACUUUCAGGGCCUCUUUUACCUGAGCCACUAAAGUCUACUUUAGAGGAUAAAUGGGUUGCAUGGUUUGGAGGAUUCAAAGCUGGUUCUGUAAUUUUUUGUGCUUAUGGAAGUGAAAGCCCGUUACCACAAAAUGAAUUUCAAGAAUUGUUGCUUGGUCUUGAACUAACUGGUUUUCCAUUUCUUGCAGCACUUAAGCCCCCUGAAGGAUUUGAGUCUAUUGAAGAAGCUUUGCCCAAGGGGUUCAAAGAAAGGGUUGAAGGAAGAGGGAUUGCAUAUGGAGGUUGGGUGCAACAACAACUGAUUCUAGGACACCCUUCUGUUGGGUGCUUUAUAACACACUGUGGGUCUGCUUCUACCACUGAGGGACUGGUGAGUGAGUGCCAGUUAGUGCUAUUGCCACGCUUAGGUACUGAUCAUAUCAUGAAUGCACGAAUGAUGAGUGCAAAGUUGAAGGUUGGGGUGGAAGUGGAGAAAGGUGAAGAAGAUGGUUUGUUCACUAAAGAAAGUGUGUGCAAAGCUGUGAAAAUUGUGAUGGAUGAAGGGAGUGAACUCGGGAAAGAAGUGAGAGCAAAUCAUGCAAAAUUUAGAAAUUUCUUGCUUAGAGACAAUUUAGAGUCCUCUUGUGUUGAUGUUUUAUGUCAAAAGCUUCACGAUUUGGUGCAAGUUCCGAGUGCCUAAGUCGAUCGAUGACAACAAAUGUAUUUCAGUUGUUUUUAAAUAAAUGAACCGAAUGAGU